CAACGCAACUGUGCCACCCACCAACUUCCGUCCACAAACACAAAAGCGAGUGCAGGAAGCAAACGUGUGGAUCUCUUUUCCAGGCCGAACUCUUUCUACCACCACCAACACCAAAGAUGUUCGCCAAUUUUAAAGCCUCAGGCUCAGCUUUUAUGCCCCAGUUUUCCCGGAUCUCGCUGUACUUCUCUAACAACUUAUUCUUCAAACCAACUAUCGCAAUUCCCUACGAUCAUGUCUCUAACACUUAAAGUACACUUCACUUCCACCACUUACCUUAAUUUUAGAAGCAAACACAGUGCCUUAACCAGUUAUAACACCCAAAUCCGACCAAAACCCAUUUGCCAUUUUAACCCUUUAACAUCAACUUCUUUCAAACCCAAAAAAAUGCAUGCUCCGGUUCAGUCUUCUUCGACUUCAGUGAUCAAGAGCUCGUUGAUCGAGCCAGAUGGUGGGGUCCUGGUCCAUCUGGUUUUGCCAGAGAGUGAAAGGGGAGUGAAGACGGUUGAGGCUGAGUCAAUGCCGAAGGUGAGGUUAACCAAGAUCGAUGUGGAGUGGGUGCAUGUAAUUAGUGAAGGAUGGGCUAGUCCUUUGAAAGGGUUUAUGAGGGAAGACGAGUAUUUGCAAAGCUUACAUUUUAAGACUUUGAGAAUGAAAGAUGGGUCUACUGUCAACAUGCCACUUCCUAUUGUUUUGGCGAUUGAUGAUGAGACAAAGGAGGGAAUUGGGUCUUCUUCCGAUGUUGGGUUGGUUGGGCCUGAUGGAGACUCGAUCGCCAUUCUCAGGAGCAUUCAAAUAUACAAGCAUAACAAAGAAGAAAGAAUAGCUAGAACAUGGGGAACGACUGCACCAGGAUUGCCAUAUGUUGAGGAAGUCAUCACUCCAGCUGGAAACUGGCUUAUUGGCGGUGAUCUGGAAGUUUUGAAACCUAUCAAGUAUAAUGAUGGGCUUGAUCACUACAGACUUUCCCCCAAGCAACUCAGAAAAGAAUUUGAUAGGCGCAAGGCUGAUGCUGUUUUUGCUUUUCAGUUAAGGAACCCUGUGCAUAAUGGACAUGCGCUAUUGAUGAAUGAUACUCGGAGACGACUUUUAGAAAUGGGUUUCAAGAAUCCAAUCCUUUUGCUUCAUCCUUUAGGUGGAUUCACCAAAGCUGACGAUGUGCCCUUGGAUGUUCGGAUGGAACAACACAGCAAGGUCCUAGAAGAUGGAGUCCUUGACCCUGACACUACCAUUGUGGCCAUAUUUCCGUCACCUAUGCAUUAUGCAGGUCCAACAGAGGUACAGUGGCAUGCCAAGGCAAGGAUAAAUGCUGGGGCUAAUUUCUAUAUUGUAGGUCGUGAUCCUGCUGGCAUGGGUCACCCAACAGAGAAAAGGGAUUUGUAUGAUCCUGAACAUGGGAAAAAAGUGCUAAGCAUGGCUCCUGGCUUGGAAAAGCUUAACAUUUUGCCAUUUAGGGUGGCAGCUUAUGACACAGUGGCAAAGAAGAUGGCAUUUUUUGAUCCUUCACGUGCCAAAGAUUUCCUCUUCAUAUCUGGAACCAAGAUGCGAACCUAUGCAAGAACUGGCGAGAACCCUCCUGAUGGUUUUAUGUGCCCUGGAGGAUGGGAAGUCCUUGUCAAAUAUUACAAGAGUUUGCAAGCGGAGGAGGCAACACAACAACCUGCUGUUCUACCUUCUUAGAUGCAUAAUUUAAUAAUAGAUUUUGCAGCAAGUUAUUAUAGCUAAUGAGGAAAGAGUGUCCUAGUUGAGCACCAUUCAGCCUAAUUUCAGCAGCUCCAGUAAUGAAUUCAACAUCUCCAAGUCUACUUUAUGCCUUUUGUUCAACUCCUGGUGAUUGGCUUUCAGUUUUAAGCGGAUUAUAUUCAGUAGUGGGAUAAAAUAUUUAUUGAAUUUGUUUAUGAUUCAUUAUUUUAGGGGAAGUGAUAGUCAACAGGGGUCCCAACCUCUGAGGACUUGGACUGGUUUGAAAUCUGAAUGUGUCAAUGUGCUAAUUCUUUUCUCUACUCAAGUUUGACUGUCACCUUUUGAUUGCACACAUUGUUUUAAAACUGCUGUAACACUCUAGGUAUUGUCGCAUUAAUGCCCGAAUGCUGAAUUUUUCAAGCUGUGAGGUAGGGGUAAAGGGGAGGGAUUCGUUGAAAAUUGCAAGGUUUUUCCAUGUAUCUUUUUGAACAGAGCACGCAACUCAGUCUGAAGCCUCUUUUCAAGCUCCCUACAAUUCAUUAAUAAUUCUUUCAAACAGCUACUUCUACAAUAAACAUGUCAAUGUGUUUGAAUGUUGCGAGGGUGGAGAAUGGAAAGCGCAAAUGCAACAAAAUCUAAAAACUAAGUCACCCUAAUAUCCCAAAAACAAAGUUACUUUCACGAAUGCAGUAUCUUUAGGUCAAAUCCUCAAGUUCUAUCUUCUGCAUGACAUAAAAUCCUCUUUCGUAUCUUGUCAGUGACCUUCAGGCUUCAAGUGAAUCAUUUACAUCAAUGAGGUUUGAUGAUGGGGGCCUACUCAUCUUGGGCUCGCCAAUCGCAACAAUAGCUCCAAACCGAACUAAUGUUUGG